GAGUGUAUCUGAAUUGCCCAGGCUGCCAUUGUACCUACCGUCCUCCAGCCUCAGCCUCCCAGUAGCUGUGAUUGUGGGUGUGUGACACUGUACCUGGUUUUUUGUGUGAAGAUGCAUGAAAAUCUGAACUCCUACCCACGGUGCCUUUAUAGCACAGCAGAGCCACCUGAUGAAAUUACAGUUCAUUAUAGACACGGUCUUCCCUUGAUAAUACUGACUUUGCCAUCCAGAAGAGAGCGCUGUCAAUUCGUAGUCAGACCGAUGUUGUCAACAGUUGGUUCGUUCCUUCAGGACAUACAAAAUGAAGACAAAGGUGUCAAAACUGCAGCUGUCUUCACAGCAGAUGGCAAUGAGAUUCCAGCCUCAACUUUGAUGGAUGUUUUGCUAAUGAAAGAUUUUAAGCUAGUCAUUAACAAGACAGAAUAUGAUGUACAGUGUCCUCAGAAAGAAAAAUCAAGCUGUGUGCACAUGACUGAGAUGGAAAGUGUGAAAUCCUUGGUUCACAGACUGUUCACAGUCCUACAUUUAGAAGACUCUCAGAAGAAAAGAGAACAACACUUGUUGGAGAAAAUUGACCACCUGAAGGAACAGCUGCAGCCCCUUGAGCAGGUGAAAGCUAGAAUUGAAGCUCGCUCUGAGGCCAAAACCAGAGGACUCCUAUGGGCUGGAUUAGCUCUGCUGUCAGUUCAGGGUGGGGCACUGGCCUGGUUCACCUGGUGGGUGUACUCCUGGGAUAUCAUGGAACCAGUCACAUACUUCCUCACAUUUACAAAUUCCAUGAUCUAUUUUGCAUACUUUAUACUAACUCGACAGAAUUAUACUUACACAUUGAUUAGCAGAAGGCAAUUGCUUCAGUUCUUCCAUAAGAAAUCAGAGCAACAGCAUUUUGAUGUGGAACAAUACAACAAGUUAAAAGACGACCUUGCUACGGCUAAAGAAGCCCUGAAACGUGUGCGCCAUUCUCUCUACUUGAAGAUGCAAGUAGAAGAACUCAGUGAAUAAGAAUUAAUCUCACAUUUUUAAACACCAUUGGAUUUUCCAUUUUGUAUUGAUUUUGUAAUUUCCAAACUGGAUGUUUUUGAGUCUCAUAGUUCAUUUUAAUUUUACUGUCUAAUCUUUUUAGUUAAUAAAUUCAUGUAAAACAGAAGUACUUAAAAAA